AUGUGGGGCUACGUGCUAAACUACAGUGAACCCGUCUCAUACCCGAACAUCGACGUGAUAUUCCAUGGAUGUAUACUCACGGGGAAACCUAGCUUUGGAAAUCAGUGGCAAAUGUGGCUUUUUGCGUAUGUGGUCUUUGAUAGCUCGGUAUUCGCACUUGUUUUGGCAAAAACACUACGAUAUUCUCGUGAAACACACUCACCAUUGGUGAAAACACUCCGGAACGAUGGAACUGCAUACUUUAUUGUUAUUUUCACUGUCAAUGUGGUGUGGCUGGUUAUGACUUUCCAUGCCACAGAAACCCUGAAAAAUAUCAAUGAACACUUCAGCCAUUUGGUCUCGGUCGUCCUUAUAUCUCGACUCACAAUCCACCUACGUUCAGAAGGGGACCGACAUAGUAAAGAGAUCUGGCGGCCUGGUCCCCCCGUCCCUUCAGCUCGUGGGCGACAUCACUCUAACUCUUUCAGUAGCCCACCAGAUCAGACAGGUUCGGUUAGCACCUAUGCCGGACAAAGAUGGUCACGCUCUGAAAAGGGGAAGAAUAAGUCGAUUGAUGGAGUUGGGUCGCCUCCAGAAAGCGUGUCUACACACAUUGGGCCUAGCCCAGGGUCGACGGUUGCAGACCUUAACAAAGAUUUAGAAAAAAUGGGGGAGUCCUCGAGGAUAUGGAGGCGAGGUAGCUUGCUGCGCCGGGACAGUGUUGCUUUCGAGGGAGAGCGCCAGAGGGAAAGACCGCCGAGCUGGAUGAACCGCAUGCGGACGGUAUCUCGACGGGAAUCAGGCGCUCUUCCUCCUUCCAGCACUGAAAUGGAGCCCUAUGUGCGCUCUUUCCCACAAACAAUGGCUUCCUGGGAUAGCACACGCGAAGCGGGUCCUAGUCCGAUCGAGGCAGCAGCGUUAUCAAUACGACGGAGCGAAGAUGAUGUUUUUGCGUUUUCUAUGCCCGAACGACCGCCGGUGGCAAGAUUGGCGACCGAAUACAUAUGA